AUGGGGUGCCAAGGGACCGGCACUCGAGGGCCCGGCCACAGUGGCGGCCGCAGGGCAAGGCCCACGCUGGUGGUGUGCACGGCUCCGCCAGAGGAACUCCAGAAGUGGUGGGAACAGGCGCUGAAGGCAGAAGGUUUAAACAUCAAAGGUGGAGAUGUGAAAAUUGAUGUCAUUAAGGUGCCCCCGCCCCCCGCCGGCGCCCGCAGAGCCUCCCCAGAGGUACCGCCAGGUGAGCGGGGCUGCACUCGGUCACACCUCGGGCCCCGCCUCACCUGCGGGCGCGGCCGUCGCGGUCCUUCAGGCGGCUCCCCCCCUCGGCGCGGUCCUCCCGGCGGGCGGCUGCGGGGGCUGGCGGCCCAUGGGCGGGGCGGCGGGCGGGGCUGGCUCCCGGCUUCGGCCCUGCCCCGGCCGGGCGGCCGAGGGAGGUCAGUGGGCGCCGCCCGCCGAACGCAUCUCGCCGGCUCCCACCCGAGCGCUCGCCGCGGUGCACGCCGGGAGCGGGGGCCGGGGCGGCGAGGCCAGGCCGCGCUGACCGGGCGGACGGCUGAGGCGCCGGCGCGGCGGCGGAGCGCCCUGCGUCCCAGCAGAGCCGGCCGAGCCCCCUGCCCAGGUGAUGAGGAAGCCUCCGCGCCCCCAGCGCAGAUCGCCGCUGCCGCUGGACGCCUCCUCCAUUGUUUGACCACAAGGGCCGGAUUCUCACCCAGGUUACCAGCCCCGAGAGAGGGAGGUGGAGGGGAUCCAGGAGAUUCGAGGAGAAAGGAGGACACUGGGGACGUUGCUGUCGUGACUGCAAAGCGGCAACUGAAAAUCCUGGAAAGCGUAUACCGAAGGCUUUCAGAAGAAUUUGUGGAGGCCUGGUGCCCACCCGAGACCUGCAAAUCUAAGAGAUACAUCUCUCUGGAAGAUAAGAGAGCUUCUUCCUCGAGAUCAAAAAAGGAGACUGGAGUGAUACCCAUGUAGGGAAUCCCCAGAAGGAAGGAUUGGCACACGUGGAACCCAAGGAGCUUGCUUCCUGGGAAGGCUUCUGUCUGAUGUGUAGGAGGCAGAACGUCAUACUGACUCUUCAAGGGGAGGCUACAGGGGAUCGAGAUCAACACGCAGUAUCUCACCCUCCACCACAGGGGACACUGUGCAGUCCUUUUUCUAGAAGUGGGAAGUACGAGAUUGUUCUACAAGAAGAAGAUUCCGGGGGCUUAAAAACGCAGAGGUUUGCACCUUGGGAGCCCCUUGGGAUGUUGACAACUCAGGAUCUGAAGGAAAGUUCUGUGUUCAUGAGUUACAGAAUUCAUGUGGGAGUAAAUGUCACUUUAUGAUCAGUAAUAAUACUGAGUGAGGAGCACUAUGCAGGAAGAAACCUUCCAUAGAAAGACGGGCAGGGAGAAGCUUAGGCCAACCAUAGCCCUACCGAAUAGAGCAAGCCUGAGAUAGACUGCCAGGAUGGCCAAAUAAGAGACUCUAUGAAAUAGCAAUCCUUCAACUAUAGUAGUCGUAAGGAAAUUUCCUCAUCUAAAUCACGAUACCAAAUAGGAAAAAUGAUCUACAAGUGCCCCAUGUGUAGGGAAUUUUUCUCUGAGAGAGCAGAUCUUUUUAUGCAUCAGAAAAUCCACACUGCUGAGAAGCCCCAUAAAUGUGAUAAGUGUGAUAAGGGUUUCUUUCAUAUAUCAGAACUUCAUAUUCAUUGGAGAGACCACACAGGAGAGAAGGUCUAUAAAUGUGAUGAUUGCGGUAAGGAUUUUAGUACUACAACAAAACUUAACAGACAUAAGAAAAUCCACACAGUGGAGAAGCCCUAUAAAUGCUAUGAGUGUGGCAAAGCCUUCAAUUGGAGCUCACAUCUUCAAAUUCACAUGAGAGUUCAUACAGGUGAGAAGCCCUAUGUCUGUAGUGAGUGUGGAAGGGGCUUUAGUAAUAGUUCAAAUCUUUGCAUGCAUCAGAGAGUCCACACGGGCGAGAAACCCUUUAAAUGUGAAGAGUGUGGGAAGGCCUUCAGGCAUACUUCUAGCCUCUGCAUGCAUCAGAGAGUUCACACAGGAGAGAAACCCUAUAAAUGUUAUGAGUGCGGGAAGGCCUUCAGCCAGAGUUCGAGCCUCUGCAU